CUCUCUUGUGAUGAUUUAGGACAUACAUGCCCCAAACAGUACCUUUCAACUGGUAUAUUACUUGUGGUCUUUCGAUCUACUGUUAUCAUUUUAGAAAAAUAAGGUUUUUCUCCGGGGCUGAAAGGGUUAAGAGCGUGAUCAGGAAGCGUGAAGACUUGGCUGUGCAUCCGAAAAAGAUGUAAAAUAUUGUGACGUAGCUCUUAUAUAACUCCUAGCUUUAUGUAUUCCGGUGUAAUAUUUACCCAAUUUACAGUAUUUAUGGCGUCAUGCGCGCACUUCUCACAGAUCACAGUAACCCUGAAGAUUUACUGGAAUGUCAGCGUCGUUAAUAAAGAAGUACCAGCCAGUUACGUCACAAAAGUGCCGAACGGAACCGUGUUGGUGGACAUCCUUAACAAAGCAGCAGGAGACAACAAACAAGGGCCUUUCAACAAAUACGACAGCACGUACUAUGGAGGUAUUGGGUAUUAUAUAACAGCCAUGAAUGGAACACAGCAAAACUCUACUACGGGUAAUUACUGGUUCCUUUUUGACCAGCAAAGCGGAGGAGCUCUUCCAUGUGGAGUGAGUUCGUAUGUUCCUAUAAAUCAGUCUACCACCAUUUUCAACUAUACGACUUACUCAAGUCAUGGCGAGAACGUGACUGGUUAUUGCAAGCAAUUCCCCUCUUCUGGAGAGGUACCGCCCUCUGCAAUCACAGUUACGCUUGAAAUAGACUGGAAUGUUACCAUCGUUGAUAAACCGAUUCCUGCUCCAUACACCACGCAGGUUGCAAAGGGCACCGUGCUGGUGGACAUUAUGAACAAGGCCGCCAACGAAAAUACAAAUGGUCCUUACAACAGGUGGACUUCAACCUAUUACGGUGGGCUCGGACAUUUCAUUACUUCCAUGAACGGUACUGAACAGGAUCCCAGUACAGACACAUAUUGGAUGAUUUACGAUAAAGCGACUGGAAAACCCACUCCACUCGGAGUGGAUUCGUACAAGCCACAGGAUGAUUCAACCACUAUCUUUAGGCUUGUGAGAGGAACCAGUCACGAAGAAGCAACACCAACUGAAACAAACAUUCAUAAGGAACUCUAACAGCAUUAUGAAACCAAGCUAUAAGGCUGGAGCAUGUUUUAAUAAGAAGUACAGCGUUCACUGCACCGCAUUUAGCAUUAGAUCUUAUAAGCUAAGUCACCUAAAAAGUAGUAACAUGGUUACUUUUGUUCUGUGCAACGAGGGUUUCAUUACUGAUGAAAGCACCAUUUUCCGUCAGUCGUGAUAAGCACAUUCUAUUGUAGAAGCGUACAUUCAAGGACCACACUUAAUACUGAUCAUGAGGAAAUGAGGAAUUCAAUAAUUACUUACCAAAAGGGUCAAUGAAAACAAACAUUGACAACACAAUGAACCAAUGAGAACUCAAAUCAAAUACACGUGAUCAAGUCCUGACUAGUUUCGGUUUUGCAGGUGAUCAAGUGUAGCGAACCUUUUGAUCUUGUUCCAUCUGUUAAUUUACCUUAAUGACUUCUAUACAGUUGUUAUUUCACAGGAAUUUGAAUUGGUAGUACGUCAAAACAACAGCCUGCGAGUAGGCCUCUGGUGUCUCGCUUUUCGCUUUGGCGCGUGAGUGAGGUUAAGAGGGAUGUACUGACGUAGUGGGGGAAAGGGAGAGGUUCGUCUAAUCUCACGUGUAUGUCUUCGCCGCUCGUGCCCCCGGUCCAAACACGAGAGUUUACGGGCGUAGACGAAUUCAUCAGCCAUCUCAACCAAGUUCAUCUCUUAGACUGGGCACUAGAGUAUAUAGUUUGUCUUGACGAGUCUUGACGUACCCGACCUAUCUUGUGCCGGUCUUCAAAUUGAAACACAUAACCGGGCGCCCUAAAAUCUUGCCCAAGUCCGUUCCCAUGGAUUUUGCAUCGGUAUAAUAUCGCUGGUUAAUAAAAAAUAGAUCAUUGAACAAUGCAAUUCGAGAGUUUUCAUUGGCUUGUAGCCCUCAUAGGUUAUGAGCAACAAUACCAUGCUCUACAAAUAUGGUAAGCAUACGCGUGAUUUUUGGGGGACUUUUUUAUUUUUAUUCUAGUCUAGUUCUCUCUAUUUUGGGGGCAUUUUUGUGAAAGAAUUAUUCCACUCGCUCUUGUUGUACAUCAGAUGAUUAUAGCCAACUUAGCGUCACGCGCCUCGUUGGCUAUCUACCAUCUCAUAUCCAACGUGCGUUCGUGGAAU